AUGUCGGGGUUUCUUAAUUCUCCUGUGAACGGAUCUGCUUCAAAUCUUCAAGAUGGUGCUGGACGGUCUUAUGCCACAUCCUUCUCUAGUCAGUCUGGUGCAGCCUCCCCAAAUUUUCAUCAUACUGGUGCUAUUCAAGGGAUGCAUAAUAUUCAUGGGAGCUUUAAUGUUCCCAACAUGUCUGGUACUCUCCCACCAAGAAACUCCACACUAAAUAAUGUUCCGUCUGGGGGUGUUCAACAACAAGCAGGAAGCCUUUCUAGUGGAAGAUUUGCAUCCAACAAUCUCCCUAUUGCAUUAUCGCAGCUAUCUCAUGGAAGUUCCUAUGGACAUUCAGGAGUCACCAAUAGAGGAGGUACAAGUGUUGUAGGAAACCCUGGAUUUAGUAGUAGCACAAAUGAAUUUGGUGGUUCCAUUCCUGGGUUUUCUGCAUCUAUUGGUAAUCGAAGUGCUGUUCCAGGAUUAGGAGUAUCCCCAAUUUCAGGAAGUGUAGAUCCUCGAAUCACCAGUUCUUUGGGAAACAUGGUUGGCGGGGGGAAUAUUGGAAGGACUGGAGGAUUGUCUGUUCCCGGUCUUGCUUCUCGUCUAAACUUGAAUGCAAACAGUGGAUCUGGUGGUUUAGGCAUGCAAGGACAGAAUCGAUUGAUGAGUAGCGUGCUUCCACAAGGAUCUCCGCAGGUGCUCUCAAUGUCAGGGAAUUCUUAUCCUAGUGCUGGAGGCCCGCUUUCCCAAAGCCAUGUUCACGCAGUAAGUAACUUGAACACUAUGAGGAUGAUGAAUGAUGUAAAUUCCAAUGAUAGUUCACCUUUUGAUCUCAAUGAUUUCCCUCAACUGACUAGUCGUCCUGGUUCUGCUGGAGGAUCUCAAGGACAAUUGGGUUCUUUACGGAAUCAGGGUCUUGGUGUCAGUCCUAUUGGUCAACAAAACCAUGAAUUUAGCAUUCAAAAUGAAGAUUUCCCUGCAUUACCAGGAUUCAAAGGUGGUAGUGCAGAUUAUGAUAUGGAUAUGCACCAGAAAGAACAACUUCAUGACAAUGCUAUGCCAAUGAUGCAAUCUCAGCAUUUCUCUCAGAUGGGGAGGUCUGCUGGUUUCAGCUUGGGGGGAACAUAUUCAUCCCAUCGUCCCCAACCGCAACAGCAUAAUCCUUCAGUCAGCAGUGGCAGUGUCUCGUUCUCAUCGGUAAAUAACCAGGAUCUUCUCCAUCAACAUGGAUCAGAUAUUUUUCCGUCUUCUCGUUCUGCCUAUCAGUCACAGACAAAUGGACCUCCUGGCAUUGGAUUAAGGCCUUUAAAUUCUUCAAAUACAGUUUCUGGUAUGGGUUCAUCAUACGACCAACUCAUUCAGCAAUAUCAACAGCAAAAGAAUCAAUCCCAGUUUCGUCUUCAAAUGCCAUCUCUAAAUCAGUCUUUUAGGGAUCAGGGUAUGAUGUCUAUGCAAGCUGCACAAUCACCAGAUCCAUAUGGUUUGCUUGGCCUGUUAAGUGUAAUCAGGAUGAACGAUCUUAACUUGGCAUCUCUUGCCCUUGGAAUUGAUCUUACUACACUUGGCUUAAAUCUUAAUUCAUCAGAAAAUCUUCACAAGACUUUUAAGUCUCCAUGGGCAGAAGAAUCAGCUAAGGGCGAUCCAGAGUUUAAUGUGCCACAGUGUUAUUAUGCUGAACAGCCACCUGCUCUACACCUAGGUUAUUUUUCAAAGUUUUCAGUGGAAACAUUGUUUUACAUAUUUUACAGUAUGCCCAAAGACAAAGCACAAUUAUGUGCUGCAAUUGAGCUUAACAAAAGAGGCUGGUUUUACCACAAAGAGUAUCGACUGUGGUUUACAAGAGCACCCAACAUGGAGCCGCUGGUGAAAACAAAUACAUACGAGAGAGGAACUUAUCACUGUUUCGAUCCAAGUUCAUUUGAAACGGUCCGCAAGGAUAAUGUUGUUCUUCAUUAUGAUAUGCUGGAAAAGAGACCCCAUCUACCUCAGCAUUAA